CGACGGGAGGGAGGGAGAAGAUAGCAGCAGCAUCCGGAGCAGCAAUGGCGGCCUCCACUGCCUCCCGACUCUGGCUCCCGCGUCCCACCGCAUCUUCCCCCUGUCCUCGCCCUCCGCCUCGACUGUCGCGAUUCUCUCCUCUCCGCGCUGCCAAGCUGGAAUCUGUGUUAUCUAUUGGAACUCAUGUAAUCCCUCACCCAAGAAAGGUUGAGACUGGAGGUGAAGAUGCUUUCUUUGUGGGCGAUGAUGGUGGUGGAGUAUUUGCCAUUGCGGAUGGUGUUUCAGGAUGGGCAGAAAAGAAUGUCAAUCCAGCUCUAUUUUCUCGAGAGCUUAUGGCAAACAGCUCUACUUUUCUCAAGGAUGAAGAGGUCAAUCAUGAUCCUCAGGUUCUUCUAAUGAAGGCUCAUGCUGCAACUUCUUCCACUGGAUCUGCCACAGCAAUCAUCGCAAUGCUAGAGAAGACUGGGACUCUGAAAAUUGCAAGUGUGGGAGAUUGUGGCUUGAAAGUUAUUCGAAAAGGACAAGUGAUGUUCUCUACAUGCCCUCAAGAACAUUACUUUGAUUGUCCAUACCAGUUAAGCUCCGAGGCAAUUGGUCAAACAUAUAAGGAUGCACUGGUUUGCACUGUACAUCUUAUGGAGGGUGAUAUCAUAGUUAGUGGCUCAGAUGGAUUUUUUGACAACAUCUUUGAUCAAGAGAUUCUUGCUGUCAUUUCUGAGUCUCCAGGGAUAGAUGAAUCUGCGAAAGCUUUGGCGGAGCUUGCGAGAAAACAUUCAGUGGAUGUAAGAUUUGAUUCACCCUAUUCGAUGGAGGCACGGAGUAGGGGUUUUGAUGUUCCUUGGUGGAAGAAGCUACUUGGAGCCAAGUUAACAGGUGGUAAGAUGGAUGACAUUACGGUCAUUGUCGCUCAAGUGAAUAUAGUGGUGAUCCCAGAUGAUGAGGGUGCCAUAGUUGAACGGGAGAAAGGAGCUGAAAAGGUCACUGUCGCUGCAACUGCAACUGCAUCAGCUGAACAGAAGGGAUGAAAAGGAGUUGUAUAUAUUGACCAAAAUUAUUUUUCGCAGCAGUGCAAAGAAAUUAAUGAGAACUGUACUUAUGAACACCCAUGCGUAUAUAAUUUAUUUGCACUGGGUUUAGUUUGUACAGAUAUACUGUUAGAAUCUCAGAGUUAUUACAAACUAUGAAUUUUCCAAA